AUGUCGCUCAUCUCCGCUCGUGUGGCCUCUUCGGUGGCCAGGCGCUUGCCCAAUGCCGCUACAAAGAUCUCGAAAGUAGCUGCUCCUGUGGCAGCGGUGGCAUCUCGCAAGCUCCAUGUCUCCGCUCCUACACGAGGUACCGAAAUCUCCGCCAUCCUGGAGGAGAGAAUCCUCGGUGCUGCACCCAAGGCCGAUUUAGAAGAGACUGGUCGUGUGUUGAGCAUUGGUGAUGGUAUUGCUCGUGUCUAUGGACUUAAGAACAUCCAAGCUGAGGAGAUGGUGGAAUUCUCCUCUGGUCUCAAGGGUAUGGCUCUGAACUUGGAGGCUGACAAUGUGGGUGUGGUUGUAUUUGGUAAUGACAAGCUCAUCAAGGAAGGUGAUAUUGUGAAGCGUACUGGUGCCAUCGUAGAUGUGCCUGUUGGAGAACAGAUUUUGGGACGUGUUGUAGAUGCCUUGGGUAACCCCAUUGAUGGCAAAGGCCCUAUUGAUACCAAGACCCGUAUGCGUGUAGGUAUCAAGGCUCCUGGUAUCAUCCCACGUGUGUCUGUACGCGAACCCAUGCAAACAGGUAUUAAGGCUGUUGACUCUCUUGUACCCAUUGGUCGUGGUCAGCGUGAGUUGAUCAUUGGUGACCGUCAGACUGGCAAGACUGCUCUGGCCAUUGACACCAUCAUCAACCAGCAGCGUUUCAACAAAGGGGAAGAUGAGAAGAAAAAGCUGUACUGCAUCUAUGUUGCUAUUGGACAGAAGAGAUCUACUGUCGCCCAGAUUCUGAAGAGACUGACAGAUGCUGGUGCCAUUAACUAUACAAUUAUCGUGUCUGCCACCGCAUCUGAUGCUGCUCCUCUGCAGUACUUGGCACCCUACUCUGGGUGUGCCAUGGGGGAGUUCUUCCGUGACAAUGGCAAACAUGCAUUGAUCAUCUAUGACGAUCUGUCCAAACAGGCUGUUGCCUAUCGUCAGAUGUCGCUGUUGCUGCGUCGUCCCCCAGGUCGUGAGGCCUACCCUGGUGAUGUGUUCUACCUCCACUCCCGUCUACUCGAGCGUGCCGCUAAGAUGUCUGACAAGAUGGGCGGUGGUUCUCUUACUGCUUUGCCGGUUAUUGAGACCCAGGCCGGUGACGUGUCCGCUUACAUUCCGACCAACGUGAUCUCUAUCACGGAUGGACAAAUCUUCUUGGAGACUGAGCUGUUCUACAAGGGUAUCCGGCCCGCCAUCAACGUCGGUCUGUCUGUAUCCCGUGUCGGAUCUGCUGCCCAGACCAAGGCUAUGAAGCAGGUGGCUGGUUCCAUGAAGCUGGAGUUGGCCCAAUACCGUGAAGUCGCUGCAUUCGCGCAGUUCGGUUCUGAUUUGGAUGCUGCUACCCAACAAUUGCUGAACAGAGGCAUGCGUCUUACUGAGCUGCUCAAACAGGGACAGUAUGUUCCAAUGGCUAUUGAAGAACAGGUUGCUAUCAUCUACUGUGGUGUCCGUGGUCAUCUCGACAAACUUGACCCAACUAAGAUCACAGCUUUUGAAAAGGCUUUCACAGAACAUAUCAAGACCAGCCACCAAGGUCUCUUGAGCACCAUUGCCAAGGAUGGACAAAUCACACCAGAGUCCGACGCGUCACUUAAGAAGAUUGUUACCGACUUCCUGGCUACUUUCCAAGCGCAAUAA